GGGAGAUAUUGCACGUCACUACAAGAGCGUGUGGCUACUGCCCCGGCCGCAGACGAUGGGGCCUGCGGCAGCACAGAGCAGAUAGCGGGCCGUCGAGACAGAUACAGCAGAACGACACGCUCGGGAUGUUGGUUCCACCGGAGAACUACUCCAUGGUGGAGGACGGCAUAUACAGAUGUUCGAAGUUGGAUGCCAUCAAUAUUUCAUUUCUGAAGUCUCUAGAGUUGCGGUCGAUUGUGUGGAUCAACGAGGAGAAGCCGCCGAGGGUGCUACGACAGUUUAUAGAGGAGCACAGCAUCCGGCUGUUCCACAUGAUGAACUCGAGCGUGUUGCCCGAGGAGGACGAGAUCACCAACCUCAAGUACCAGGAGUGGAUGGUGCUCAAGCCGUCGUUGAUUUCCAAGAGCAUCGAGAUCAUCCUCGACGUCACGAACCAGAACUGCUUGGUCAUGGACAAGAGCGAGGUCAUUGUCGGCAUCCUGCGACACAUCCAGCGCUGGAACUACUCCAGCAUCUCCAACGAGUACCGGCUCUACGCCAGCCGGGCGAGCUACAAGGACAAGGACAAGGACAAGGACAAGGACAAGGACAAGGACACGGACGACGCCAGCCGCCGGCUGGACGACGCACCACCGCACGAGCCCCCACCGCACAUGCACCCGACACAGCGCCGCCGAGGCACACCUCCUCACGCUCCGGACCCGCCCGCAGACGAGCCCCACAACACCAGAUACGACCCCAGCGCCAGCCACAGCUCCUCCAAGGCCAUCUCCAUCCAGCGGACCCCGUCCACCCACGACCCCGUCCACCCGCUCACCUCCCCCGCCCUUCGCCGGCUCAGCAUCGACCACAGCGCCGGCGUCCUGCCCACCCCGUCGCCUCCGCUGUCCUCGUCCGUGGGCCGCCUCUCCAUCUCCACGUCCCCACAGAUCCCGAAGAACUUGCUCAAGAUUGUCGAGAUGCGCAAGAACAAGAAGAAACACAACAUGGAGCUCCGCGAGAAGGAGAAGGAGAAGGAGGAGAGCAGGCCUGAGCCCCUGCCCCUGCCCCAUUCCUCCGACCUCCCGCCGGCCCUCUCCCCGCCCUCCCCGCUCAAGACCCUCUCCACCACCGCCGUCGACACCUACCGCUGGCCGCCCGCCCCACCCUCGCCCUUCGCCCUGCCGCCGGCCUCGUCCUCGUCCGCCUCCUCCACGGACGGUGGCCCGCCCGCCACCGCCCCCGACUGCGACUGGCCCGCCGGCCACUGGAAGCUCUACAAGCCCCGCGUGGACGGGACCCACGUCCGCCGCCACGGCCACGCCGGCCGCCCGCCGCGGCCCGUGCUCACCGCCAUCCGUGUCCAGCUCCCGCCGGAGACGUGUUUGCCGGCGUGGUUCCUGGAGCUGCGGGCGCUGUGCGGGCGCUGAGGUAAGCGGAAGCUGACGUAAGCAGGAGGGGGGGUGCUGACGUAACUGAGAGGUGGUGGCUGUCGGCCAGCGAGAAAUUGGGGCGGAUGCUUCUUUUUCUCUUUUUUUCUCUCCUGUGUUGAUCUUCAAUGUGUAUUUUUUGCGAGCAGGCACAGCAGAGAGAGGGUGAGCAGACUGGGAUUAGUGGCGGAGCCCUCUGAGACGAUCUGAUGGAGAAGAGCGUCUGUGCAGCG